AUGGCGGGAUCGGAGGAAGUGAUGGGGACAAUACCGCCUGCGGAACCAGCUUCUUCAGGCAAGAGAUCUAAGGAGGACGGCGCGCCCACGGGCGUGGCAGAUGCUGAUCUGGAAGCAAUGAUGGCGGAGCUCGGAUUGAAGGAAGGAGACUUGCAAGAUGUCGUGGUUGAGGAGGAGGAACUCCCUGAAGAAUCAACCAGAUGGAUGGCCCUUGCUAGGGUUCAUACAAAGAAAACGUACAGCCAAUAUUGGUUUUUCAAGAACAUGAGGGUUGCUUGGGAUCUGGCCAAGGAGGUGAAAAUCAGACCGCUGGAAGACAAUCUGUACACGCUGCAAUUCUUGUGCCUAGGCGACUGGGAACGGGUAAUGCAAGAUGGCCCUUGGACGUUCAAGGGAAAAGCGGUGGUCAUUACUCCUUAUGAUGGUUUCACAAAGCCCUCCCUGAUUGAUCUCACAAAAAUAGAAAUAUGGAUGCAAAUCCAUGACCUGCCCGAUGGAUUUUAUCCAAAGAUCAAAGCGCUCUCAGCCACGGUGGGAGAAUUCAUAUACGCCGAACCAAAAUCUCAGGACUUUGAAGGGAAUUUUGCACGCGUUCGCGUGAGGAUUGACGUGACUAAACCCUUGAAGAAUGCCGUUUCACUGGUGAUCAAGAAGAAGGAAGGUAUGCAGCGUGUAAUCUUCAGGGUAAAAUUUGAAAGGCUGCCGGACUGGUGUGCGGUAUGUGGCUAUUUAGGGCAUCUUUUCAAGGAGUGUGGAGACGGCGUAUGGCCACAGAAUGCGCUGGUCUUCAAGGACCUGAAAGCUUCAUGGUUCAAAGGACCUGGUCAAGGCCCUGGCAAAAGCAGAGGAAACCGGAGUGGAAGGGGCCGAGGUCGCUCUAGUGGUGGUCGGGGCCGUGGCGCCACCCAAUAUAACAGUAUGGAAUUGGGAGAUAACAUGGAAGAAGAGGAUCACGAACGUGAUGUCAUGAUGGAAGAUGCUGAUCAAAACAGGAAGAGGGGGGCUCUGGUGCAGCCUAUUCAUAAACCACAGCUUCCCCCUACACCUGUCACGACGAACAAAGCCCCAAUGCUUCCACCACCGAAAGUGCCAGUAAGUCCCUCCUCGAAACAGGAGUCGAAGAGGACCAAACCCAGCUCAAGUGCAAACGAGACGUCUACACCAAAGAGUUCAGCUCCUACCAAGAACCCUGAUGCGCGUUUGGCGGGCCCCCAAGUGGGGUCGCGCCAGGCGCAAUGA